UACAUUUAACAGUUCAGAUGGAAUUAGGCAUAUUAGGUCUGGCCUUAACUCUUCUUAGUUCCUUUCUCUUUUUCAUUGUUCUAUACCUCAAGCUAGAUAAGAAAUCUGUUGAGAACACUAAGAAACUCCCUCCAGGUCCACCAAGAUGGCCCAUUGUUGGCAACCUUCUUCAAUUGGGCCCAUUACCACACAAGGACUUUGCAGCUUUCUGCAAGAAGUAUGGGCCCUUGGUCUAUCUACGGCUCGGAAGUGUUGAUGCAAUCACUACCGAUGACCCUGAGAUGAUACGUGAAAUACUUCUCCGGCAAGAUGAAAUCUUUGCUUCUCGACCUCGGACCUUAGCUGCAAUCCACCUCGCUUAUGGGUGUGGAGAUGUGGCAUUGGCACCAUUAGGCCCACAUUGGAAGAGAAUGAGGAGAAUAUGCAUGGAAAAUCUACUAACGACGAAGAGAAUUGAGUCGUUCGCAGUUCACCGUGCUCAUGAAGCCCAACACUUAUUGCGGGACGUGUGGGCUCAAUCUCAAACAGGUAAGCCCGUAAACCUAAGGGAAGUCUUGGGUGCAUUUUCGAUGAACAAUGUGACUAGGAUGUUGUUAGGGAAGCAAUAUUUCGGGGUCAAAUCGGCUGGACCAGAUGAAGCUUUGGAGUUCAUGCACAUUACCCAUGAGUUAUUUUGGCUUCUUGGGUUAAUAUACUUAGGUGAUUAUCUGCCCAUUUGGAGGUGGUUCGAUCCUUUCGGAUGCGAGAGGAAGAUGAGGGAAGUGGAGAAGAGAGUGGAUGAGUUCCAGAAGAAGAUACUUGAGGAACAUAGGAAGGGGAGAGAGAAGAAGGAGGAAGAUGGAGGGGGAGGAGAGGAUGAAGGUAGAGGGAUGGACUUUGUUGAUAUUUUGUUAUCUUUGCCUGGUGAAGAAGGAAAGAAAAACAUGGAUGAUGUGGAGAUCAAAGCUCUAAUUCAGGACAUGAUAGCUGCUGCCACAGACACAUCUUCAGUGACAAAUGAAUGGGCCAUGGCAGAGGUGAUAAAGAAUCCACGAGUUCUUCGAAAAGUCCAGGAAGAGCUUGACUUGGUCGUGGGCCGGGACCGGACAGUAACUGAAUCAGAUUUAGCCCACCUUAACUAUUUACGAUGUGUUGUCCGUGAAACCUUCCGAAUGCACCCGGCCGGACCCUUUCUCAUCCCACAUGAAUCAAUUCGACCAACAAAGAUCAACGGCUAUUACAUUCCCGCCAAGACACGUGUUUUCAUCAACACUCAUGCACUUGGACGGAAUACCCGGAUAUGGGAUGACGUCGAGGAAUUCCGACCAGAGAGGCAUCUUUCGGUGGAUGGAAGCCGAGUUGAAAUAAGCCAUGGGAAUGAUUUCAAGAUCUUGCCCUUCAGUGCAGGCAAGAGGAAAUGCCCCGGUGCACCAUUAGGCGUCGUUUUCGUCUUGAUGGCUUUGGCUCGGCUGUUCCAUUGCUUCGACUGGAGCCCGCCAGAAGGGAUGAGGCCUGAAGAUAUUGAUACGAAUGAAGUGUAUGGGCUGACAAUGCCCAAGGCCAACCCACUGAUGGCCAUGGCUAGGCCACGCUUAGCUAGUCAUUUGUAUUGCUGAAUGAGACCAUGUUAAUUUUGAAUGGGCUGGCUUCAAUGGGCCUAACGGGAUUUUUGAAGUCCAAUAAAAUAUGCUAGCAAUUACCU